AAAUGAAAAAUUUCGGCCAGACCGUAAACAAACAGGCUCAACUCAAAUUCAACUCUGUAAAGUGCUGAACUUUUAAUUGAUUGGCGAGAAAUAUUGCCCUUUUCUUUUGUUUGGACAGUGUUUGUGCUCAAAAUGAACUCCAGCCAAACAAAAACCGAGAAACGUGAGAAUGAUCCGUUAGAUGCUGGGGAUAGUGACAGAAAGAGACCUUGCUCCGCAAACGAUAGUGGAGCGAGUGAUGCCGGUGAUGGGCAAGAUGACAACAGAAGAACCAGUCGAAGAAAGAAGGGCAAGAACCAUGAGGAUAACGAUUCAAAGUUGGCUGGCCACGACAAAUCGGAUAAAAGCAAAGUAGAUUUGCUAAAAAAGGAUCCAGAUUCUGCAAGUGCUAUGAACUCUGUGAAAUCUGAGAAGGAUGAUGAGGGAGAGCAGGACUCUGAACAAGAUGACCCCUCAGGCAUUUCAUUGCCAGGUUUAGAGGGUGCUGCAUUUUCAAGCCGCCUGCCAUUUGAUAAGAUGACAUCAACAGAGGCAGCAUGUUUUCCAGAUGUUGCUGGAGGUCUUCCACAGACUCAGAAGGUCUUCUUGCAUGUGAGAAAUCGCUUACUCCAGCUGUGGCUAGAUAAUCCUAAACAGCAACUGUUGUACGAAAAUGCUCUGCCCCUAGUAGAAGCACCUUACAACAGCGAUGCCCCUCUAGUUAUGCGUGUCCAUAGUUACCUGGAAAGACAUGGUCUUAUAAAUUUUGGCAUUUUUAAACGUUUGAAACCAUUGCCAUCAGUGAAACAUGGUAAAGUCAUUGUGAUUGGAGCUGGUAUAGCUGGUCUUGCUGCUGCACAGCAAAUGCAGCAGUUUGGUAUGGAAGUUAUUGUCUUGGAAUCUAGAGACAGAGUUGGAGGACGUAUUGCCACAUUCAGGAAGUCCAGCUAUAUUGCAGAUUUGGGUGCCAUGGUUGUCACAGGUCUAGGUGGAAACCCCAUUACAGUCCUGUCCAAACAAAUCAACAUGGAGCUUCACAAGAUACACCAGAAGUGCCCUCUUUAUGAGUCUAAUGGCAGCACUGUUCCAAAGGAUAAAGAUGAAAUGGUUGAAAGAGAAUUUAAUCGUUUACUUGAAGCCACCAGUUAUUUAUCACAUCAACUGGAUUUUAACUAUGCUGGAGGACGCCCAGUGUCCCUGGGGCAAGCCUUAGAAUGGGUGAUAAAACUGCAAGAAAAGAAUGUCAAAGAAAAGCAAAUACAGCACUGGAAGGCAGUGAUUACCUUGCAGGACCGUUUAAAAACAAAUCAAAACAAGAUGAUCUCAUUGCAGGAACGAAUCCAAGAACUACACAAACAGACUCAAGAGUUUAUCAACAUUAAAAAAAACAUAAAUGAAGAGUUUGAAGCAAGAUCAAAACUCCGUGAUCUGAGUCAUGCAUGUCGGGAAUGGGAUCAGCUUCUCGAGCAGCAGAAAGAAAUUGAAGAAAAGCUUCAGGAAUUGGAGGCAUCUCCUCCAAGUGAUGUGUACCUAUCCUCAAGAGACCGCCAAAUUCUAGACUGGCACUUUGCUAAUUUAGAGUUUGCAAAUGCAACACCGCUGUCAAACUUGUCACUGAAGCAUUGGGACCAGGACGACGACUUUGAAUUCACUGGAAGCCAUUUAACAGUGCGCAACGGGUACUCCUGCGUGCCGGUGGCGCUGUCCGAGGGGCUGGACAUCAAGCUCAACACGGCGGUGCGCCACAUCCGGUACAACGCCAACGGCGUCGAGGUGGUCACCUCCAACUCCAGGAACCACAGCAACGCCGUCUCCUACAAGGCGGACGCCGUGCUGUGCACGCUGCCGCUGGGCGUGCUGAAGCAGAGCACCGCGCCCUCGGCCGCCGUGCUGCCCAACACGGUGCAGUUCACGCCGCCCCUCCCCGAGUGGAAGGUGGCCGCCAUCCAGCGGCUGGGCUUUGGCAACCUCAACAAGGUGGUGCUGUGCUUCGAGCGCACCUUCUGGGACAGCAACGCCAACCUGUUCGGCCACGUGGGAAGCACCACUACCAGCAGAGGCGAGUUAUUCCUCUUCUGGAACCUCUACCGCGCCCCUGUUCUGCUGGCGCUCGUGGCGGGAGAGGCCGCCGCCAUCAUGGAGAACGUGAGCGACGACGUGAUCGUGGGCAGGUGCAUCGCCGUGCUCAAGGGCAUCUUCGGCAACACGGCCGUCCCCCAGCCCAAGGAGACAGUGGUGACGCGCUGGCGCGCUGACCCCUGGUCGCGCGGCUCGUACUCGUUCGUGGCGGUGGGCUCAUCUGGCAGCGACUACGACGUGCUUGCUGCCCCCGUCACCCCGCCCUCCGCUGGUGCGGGCGGCCCCGCUGGAGCCCCCGGUACCCCCGGCGGAGCCCCCGGCACCCCCGGAACCGCCGGAGCCCCUGGCACCCCCACGGCCGGAGGCGCCGCCGGCGCCAUGCCCGGCAGCCCUGUCCCCGGAGCCCAGCCGCCGCCGCCCAGGCUUUUCUUUGCUGGUGAGCACACGAUCCGCAACUACCCGGCCACCGUCCACGGCGCCUUCCUGUCCGGCCUUCGGGAGGGCGGCAGCAUCUGUGACCGGUUCAUCGGCUGCCCCUACGCGCCGCCGCCCUCCAGUGCCCCGGGGACCCCGGGCGCCCCGACCACCCCUGUGGCGGCCACCCCCACCAAGUCCUCCACCCCCUCGGUAGCCUGACCACCGUCCACCCCCGGGACCGGGGGCCGCUCCGAGUCUGCCGCCGAGGAGCAGUCGUCAGACUCCGACAUUGAGAUCAUCUCUGGACCUUCACCCGACCCCGUGACCACCGUCACCCUGGACGAGGAGCUGCACGCGCAUCCUGGACGUUCAACUCCGCCGGCCUCAGCAGUGAUCAGGUCGCCGCCGAGGCCCGGGUCGGUCGCGGGCGGUCCGACUCCGACGCCCCUGAUCCUCUCCAAGUCUCGCAGGACCAAGCCCAGCAGGGCGACGCCCAGGGCCCAGGCGGCGGCGACCUCCUCGCCACACCCUCGCCCUUCAACUUCGUCCUCGGGGACCUCUUCAGCUUCUUCGCCAGGGCCCUCUUCAUCGGAAACCUCUGCGAGGCCCGGCUCGGGGUCCGGGAUGUGGGUGUCGAUGGGCCGCGGGGCGGGGUCCGGGCUGUGGUACUCCUCGGAGCCGUCGGAGCCACCCUCGCCCGCGCCGCUCCACGCCGAGGCCCGCGGCUCGGUGGGGUCUGCGGCUGGCUCUGGCUCCGGCCCCGACUCUGGCGCCUCGCCGGCACGCAGGGCGGCAGGGACGGUGCCCCCCCUACGGAUAAGACUUGUGCCUCGGGAUGUAGAGAAAGAACAGUGAGAAGCUCUCUGUGCACGCGUAGUGGCUAGGAAUCAAAUAUUCUUAUAAUGGUUUGAUUUUCCUUAUUGAAAACUUUGGAGCCGUGGCUAUACCCUUUGCCCGGUUCAAUAACUGUGUUGUUUUACGAGGUACCUGCUAGGUCUUGUGACUUACAAGUCUGAAAACGGUGUAGUUAAUUUAGUAUAUAUGCUGUGCAUAUGUUUUUGUGCACCUUACCAAGUGAACUGUCGAAUGUCAUAAUUACCUGAAAUCCUAAUUGUAGUAGUGUGGAUUGUGAUGUGAGCUGUUCUUUAUGCUACUUUGCAUUUUUGGUUAGAAUAAUUGUCUUUGUACAGCUCUGUUGUCUUUGAGUACUGUAUUAGUGUGUUGCCUUUAAAGGGACAUAUUCCAAUUGUAAAUUUAGAUUUCUUUGUGUUUUUAAUAUGCUUCUAAGAUUUAAUUUAUUUUGUACUUAGUUUGCUGUUAUAAUAUUUGACUCAUUACGAAUGUACUUGAAUCUAUACGGAAAAUAUGAAAUUAAAGCUCAAUUGCCCAAA